CCUACACUUUCUUAACUUCAACAUCACUCCUCAUCUUGGAUAUCCAUGAGCAAAGUAUGCUAUUACGAUUUGUGUCUCUGCGUACGCUAUCAGUUACUGUUGUCAUCUUUUGCAUUCUCAUUUUGGUAACCACAUUUCGGCUGCGCGGCCAUCUUAUAAUUCCGAACACUUCCUCGUCCUGGGGUGCGCCUGUCCACUCGCCUUCCCUCGAACUCGAACCACUUGAGCAAUACUGCAAUACCUUCCCUCCUUCAGAAGACAUCUUGGUUAUCGUCAAGACUGGCGCCAAUGAGAUCCACGAUAAACUUUCCACCCAGCUCUUGACCAGUCUCCGCUGCUACAAAGACAUCCUACUCUUCUCUGAUCUCGAGCAAAACAUUGGCCCAUUCAAAGUCCAUGACGCUUUGAAAAAUGUAUCCAACACAACAAAAGCCGAGAGUCCAGACUUCGACUAUUAUCGUCAACUACAAGAAGACAAGAAAAACGAUCAAGAUAUUACCAGUCUAAGACGGGAGAGCGGCUCAGCAGCCUGGAAUUUGGACAAGUACAAGUUCCUUCACAUGCUGGAAGAAACAUGGCAGAUGAAACCCCAUCGAAAGUGGUACAUCUUCAUUGAAGCCGACACCUAUCUAGUUCGGACGAAUUUGCUACUUUGGUUAGAACGGCAGGAUCCAUCAGAGCUGAUCUAUUAUGGCUCUCCGACUUUCGUGAACGGUCAAGGCUUCGCACAUGGGGGCAGCGGCGUGGUCUUAUCUGGAGCAGCGCUAUCUAAAUUUGCUGAAAAUGACCAAGGAAUCGCUGCGCGAUAUGACCAUAUGUUGCAGUCUGAAGCAUUUGGUGAUUAUGUUCUCAUGAAAGCCCUGAAGGAUAAGGGAGUAGCCUUCAGUGGUCGCUGGCCUAUGCUUCAAGCUGAAAAGCCAUCAACAAUACCCUUCGGACCUGGACCAGACAAUGGAGUGAGGCACUGGUGCCAGCCAAUCGUUACUAUGCACCACAUUACUCCAGAAGAAGCAUGCGCUCUGUUCGAAUUCGAGCAGCAAAGGCAACAUCCAAGAGAGCCUCUUCUUCUACAAGAGCUUUACCAAGAUAUGGUCGGCCCGAAAGUCUACGCUGAACGCGAGGAUUGGUAUAAUCUCUCUGACGAUCAAUUGUAUCGACCGCCGGGCGUCGACGGCGACCGUCAAAAGUCUCGCGACGAUAUGUCGGCGCUCGAACUCGAGGCACACGUUUCGUUCGAGCACUGUGGCCGAGCUUGUGAAGAACAACCUCGUUGCUUUCAGUAUACCUACUCGAAUCGCGAAUGUGGCUUCUCCUAUUCUUACCGGUUGGGCAGGAAGCGAUAUCCUGAGUCUGGGAAGACGUUUAUGUCCGGGUGGAAUUUGGCAAAAAUAGCGCGAGAUCAGACCAAACACCAGUGUUCUUCUCCUGAAUGGUUAUGACGACUUUACGCUAUGCAUCUACUCAUCCUUUCGACCUGAAUUCUGUCUACCUAUUCCAAACUCUCCAAAAGUGGCGGCACCAAACGUCAAAUUCGGUGGGAAUUUCCCCGAUAUCUGGUUGCAUUCAAGGUUCUGUACUAGUUCCUAAAACGAUAGAAUUUUGAAUCAGUAUCUCUUCUCCCAAGGGCCAGGAGGCCCUCCCUACGGCCAUAGCGUCGAUGUGCGGUGGUGCUCAGUUAUCCCUGGGUGUCAAUCCC